AUGACCCUUGCGUCCGCUCAGCCGCGUCGACUUUAUUUCACCUCCCCAAAUAUCCUUUUAUUUUUUCCAACCCCCCCACUGAAUUUUUCUUUAAUUUGA